AUGGCACUGCCGGCGGCGGACGACGAUGACCUGCACAAGCUGAACCAGGAGGAGCGGGAAGCCGAAGUGCGGCGGGCAACGCAGAAGGGACAUGAGACGGGCGUCGUCGAGGCGAUCAAGCUAUACCCAAAGGCCACUGCGUGGUCGCUACUCUUCUGCAUGGGCGUCAUCAUGAACGGGUUUGACGCCCAGGUGGUAGGGAAUAUGUUCCCGGUGGCCAGGUUUCGGCGAGAUUUUGGAUACCAGCGUGAGGGCCAGUGGAACAUAUCCGCUGCCUGGCAGUCGGGCCUGAGCAUGGGAAGCCCCAUCGGACAGGUCGUUGGCGCACUGCUUGUGAGCUAUCCCAUGGAGUGGUUCGGUAGAAAGCGGACGUUUCUCGUACGUAUGGCCUCCACGCAUCGAUAG